GAGAUGCAGGACAAAACCAGGGGACAAAACAGCCUCAGAAGGUAAGGAGGGAAAAGGAAGAGGGCGUUAAAAACAGUGAAUGAGCGACAACCGGUCAAACCCAGGAAAAUCCCUCAUCAGCAUUGCAGCAGCCACUCCAGUGUUUCAGGAGACAAAGGCAGGAGCUCAGCCUGGGCUGGGGACCACAGAGGAGAGGAGAGACUGGAAUGCAAAGAUGAGGAAAAGGCGUGUGCUACUGAUGCCCCACAGUGGCCCUCCCCACUGUGUGGCCAUGCUAUGGCUGUUGAUGCUGCUGUGUCUCCAGGCCCUGGCUGUCUGCCCCCCCAUGUGUACCUGUAACCGCAGCCACAGAGAGGUGGACUGUUCCUGGAGGGGCCUGAGGACGCUGCCCCUGGGCCUGCAGCACAACCUGCACUCCCUCAACCUGUCUCACAACCGUAUCCAUGACCUGGAUGGCCAGCUGAGUACCUUCGCCCACCUCCGCACCCUGGACCUGUCCCACAACAGGCUGGUCCGCCUGCCCACCGCCCUGCCAAAGGCACUGUGGGAGCUCCACGCUGCAGCCAACCACAUCCACCUACUGGACAAGAAUGACACGGCCUACCAGUGGAACCUGCGGGUCCUAGACCUGUCCAACAACAAGCUGGAGCGGGCCGUGUUCAUCAACAACACCCUGACCAGCCUACGCCUGCUCAACUUCAGCAACAACCACUUCUGGACCGUGCCCACCAACAUGCCAGCCAGCUUGGAGACCGUAGACCUGUCCCACAACUCCCUGGUGCAGAUCCUGCCUGGCACUCUGAAUCGGAUGUCCAGGCUGACCACCUUCUACCUGCACUCCAACCGCUUCUCCUCUGUGGGCCCUGAGGCCUUCAGCCAGCUGGGCAGCCUGAGCCUCCUCUCCCUGGGGGACAACCCCUGGGCCUGUGAGCACCAGACCAACAUCACCCACCUGCUGGCCUGGCUCCAGCACACGUCCACCCGCGUGCUUGGCUGUCCCUGCCACACUAACCCUGUCUGUGGAGAGCCCCACCCGGCCAGGACUGGAGGAUGGCACUUUGCCUCCUACACUCAGCCUCCCCUGGCUGCUGGUACUCAGGAGGAGAGGAGCCACCCUCCUCCCCCAGAGGCCCUCACCAGGUGGCCUUGGUACCUGUCCAAGUCUGCCCUGCUCAACACCCAGCUCCACACCAGGAGAGCCCCAGGACGCCCCAUUGGACCAGAGAACAACAACCUCUUCACAGACCACUACCCGUUCACUUCAACCCCACUGGCCAUUUCCACCCUGCCCACUGACAGGUCCCACACCGAAAGCAGCACGUCAACCACAGACGACACCUUCAUAAAAGACACAACCUUUACUACUGACAGCAUCUACACUACAGAUGCAGCCUUCACCACGAACAACCCCUCUACCAUCCCAAGGAGAACGGCCACCCUCCGCACCAGGAGUGUCAAGAGGGCCAACCAGGGUGGCUCCCCGGACCACAACACCAGCCCAACCCCCAGCGCCAGGUCAACACUCCCACUAGUACUGAACCUGUGGCUCCUCCUGACUCUCACCCUGUACGUUCUCUGAAAGUUAAAUUAAAAUGUCUGGAGUUAAUGUCCUUGUCAGUCUAUUGGACAACUGCACGAACAUACACGAAUGAGUGUCAU